AAACCCCCCAAUUUCCCCCACUGUCUCAGUCCGCCACCCAAUGUUAAACCCCAUGCUUCUCUGCAUGCCCAUUACAUUUUUGAUCGAAAUUCACCUUCCCGAUGACUGACUUUCUGCACCAUCAACUAUAAUCUAGAACUAGAAGUAGAAUCAGACGACGGAAAAAAUGGGGGUGACGGAGGAGGUGUGUCCAACAGAGGAAGCAGUUCAGGCAUUGCUGGAAUCUAUGGUGGAGCCGUUGUUAGGGCGCAGUUCUUGCAAAUCAAAGGAAGCUCCGACACUUGAUCAACAAAAAUCCAUGGCAAAACAGGUAGAUGCUGUUGUGUUGCUCUACAACUACUACUACAGGAAGCAACAUCAAGAUCAUAAAAUAGAGUUUCUUAAUUUUGCAUCAUUUUGCCAAUUAGCUGUAGUUCUGAAACCAAGUUUGAUGACAUAUAUGAAAUUAAUGCAUCGAUCAGAUUACACAGACGUGAACAAUUUGGAAAGCCAACUUUCACUCACUGAGAAGGCAAUUAUGAGGGCAUGUGAUAUAUCUUCAACGCUGGAUGCUGCAGAAGUUGUUCCGCUAUCACAGAAAUGGCCUACUUCCAAAGUUGCUGUAUUCUUAGUUGAUUCAAGGAGGGAGAAUUGCUUGCUCAUGCAUAGUUCUAUGACCUGUGCAGUUUGGUCCAUUAUUGAAAAACAUCUUGAUGUCUCUUCAAGUUAUCUUUUUGAUUCAAAGUGCAGAAACAAAAAGAAAAGAGCUAAUAUGUUUUCAACCAGUCUUCAGUAUGCUGAUGGAUCAUCACUCCAAGAGCUUGCACUUUCCGCCGCCACAGAAGCAACAGGCAUCAAUAGAAGUGAUCUGGCUGUCCUAGAGAGCCACCUUGUAUAUUCCUUAGAUAAAGAAAAAGCAUCCGCGCGAUUAUAUCUUGUACAAUCCACUAAGUUGGUGAAUGAAGAUUUUAAGAUUCCUAUUCGCGACGUCAUUGAAAGCUUGCAGAGUCCUUUAAUCAAGAAAAAUCCAUGUGAAUGGUCGGUUGCUCCAGCUGUUGAGUAUUUUCACUUGCUUCCCUACCGAGAGAUUUUGUCAAAUUGGCAUUCAAGGGAGUGGUUAUCAGAUGGCUUGCAAGAUCUAAAUGUAGAAGUGGUAGCUGGUCAUGCAUAUGAUAUACAAAUUGGAGGUAGCUCCAGUGAGAAAGAAGUAAAUCAGGAGAAUGUGGCUCCACCCAUGAUUAAGUCGUGCAUUACUGAUUACGAUGAUGAAAAGAUUGAUGAAGCGAAAAGAAGAGGAGGUAUGCAAGGAGCCUCUGCAGUAGGCCUGUCUCAGUUGGGUUCCGAACAAUCUGAGGAUGGAGUAACCACUUUGGCAUCAAAGGAAUAUGCAAUAUCACAAUCUGCCUUGACUGUUCUUCGCUGGAAAAGAGAGAAACUGCAUUAUCAGCUACGCAUUUUGGAAGAUGAGAUUGCAUUGUGUAAUAAAACUAUUCAGACAGAAUUAAAUGAAGACAAAGACAGUACCAAUCAACUGGUAGAAGACCAAUGUGUUGUUCAAUAUAGCAAGGGAAAAAGAUUGUCCGAGGCAAUUCUUACUUUGCAAAACCAAUGUCAGCAACUGGAUCAAUUGUGCUGCAGGAAUAAUUGGGUAUUGCCAACAUAUCGAGUCUUUCCACUUGAGGGUGGAUUUGUUGCCAAGGUCAUUGUAAAAGCUGCAGAUUCCGAAGUUAUCAGUGAAAGCAAAAUCACUGAGAGUCCGCGUGAAGCAAGGGAGUCUGCUGCUGCACACAUGAUUGCAAGCUUUCUAAAGUUAGAGUCCGCGUGAAGCAAGGGUGUCCACUGCUGCACACAUGAUUGCAAGAGUAGCUCGCAGGUAGUUCAGAAUCCAUAGCUUUGCAUGUUGUACCAAAGAUCGGAUGUUUCCCAACAUUUUCCCGUGUAAAGUCAACUCAAGACAUGUACUCAAAAGUUAAAUAUUUUAAGAACUUGUAAACUUACCGAUUCUAGUUAUGAAGAAAUACCAACUGUUGUUGACUCUAAAAUUUGUACUUCUUAUUGAUAAUGCUCAGCACCAAAUAGAUAUUGGCGCCUAAAGCAAAGAGCAGGGUAAUUUAAACAGGGCGUGAAAGAAAACAAAGCCGAUCUCUUUUCUAAUUUCAACUGUGGGGAAUGUAUCCAAACCCUUUGAAUAAAAGACGACAAAAAAAAGGAAUCUUAUGUUCA